CUAGCUGGGCCGCUUCCUCCAGCCUGAAUUUGGGGGGAUUUUGAGGGUCGCUCCGCGCGCAGGGGCAUUUCAGCUCAUUAGUAUGGGCAUUCAGGGAUUAAUGAGCUAUGUAAGCGAACACCAAGAAUUCUUUGUUGACCUGCAGUUAAGGAACACAAAUGUAAUAAUUGAUGGAAAUAACCUGUACCAUCGCCUUUACUUUGAUUCGGGCCUGGACAUCCGGCAUGGUGGGGAUUAUGAUUCUUUUACAGAUAUCAUGCAUAAGUUUUUUGAAACGUUGACUCUGUGCAACAUACAACCCUAUGUUGUGCUAGAUGGAGGGUGUGAUGCAUCUGACAAAAAGCUUGCAACCAUAAAGGAAAGAGCUCGAGAGAAGAUUCAGUCAGCUCAUUCCCUCUCCUGUGGUGGUGGUGGAAGUGUAUUGCCUUUGCUCACCAGAGAGGUCUUUAAGCAGAUCUUGACUAAAUUGCAAGUGCCUUUCGUCCAGUCUUUCUCAGAAGCAGACAGGGACAUUGUGUCAUUAGCCAAUCAUUUGAUUUGCCCCGUGUUAACUUUAGAUAGUGACUUUUGCAUUUUUGAUCUCAAAGCAGGCUAUUGUCCUCUGAAUUACUUUCAGUGGAGAAAUCUUUGCACAUGCAAAGACACACAAGACUGCUUCAUCCCAGCGAGGUGCUUCUCUUUAGAAAGAUUUUGUAAGCAUUUCAGCAAUAUGAACAAAACCCUCCUGCCUCUUUUUGCAGUGAUGAGUGGCAAUGAUUACAUUAAUCUGCCAGCUAUAGAAACGUUCUUUAGCAAGGUACACCUUCCUGUUGGAAGCUCCCGGCAGAAGGGUCGAAAGCACGCCCGCAUUCGGGGGCUGCUGAACUGGCUGUCUCGUUUUGCUGAUCCUGCUGAGGCUAUAGAAAAUGUACUGACAUAUCUUAAAAAGACUGAGAAAGAGGAAACAAGACAGUUUCUUUCCACUUUUAUGGAGGAAUAUGAACCAUCCAGUGUCAAUCUCAAAGAUUUUUUUCAGCAUGGAGUUUAUGAAUCCGAGGAAGUGAAGAAAUCAGAAUUACCCCAAUGGAUUCUUACUGCUUUAGCAAAAGGACUUUUAGCACCAUUCGUUAGUGAUGCCCUGAUAUUAAGAAGAACAAUCCUUCAUGUUCAGGUGGAAAAUAUGCAAAGGCCUAGUGCUCAUACUACAACGCUGCCAAUCCGACAGGUUAUCUACGGGUUACUUCUGAAUACUUCUCAGAGUUCACUCGACACAUCCCCAAACAAACAGCCCAUUUUAUCCACUCCCAUUUUCCAUGAAUUUGAUAGAAUCCAAAAAGCACUCAAGAAAUCAUUUGUUCAAGCAGCAGCACUGUCUGGAAAUUUUUGUGGAGACCAGUAUUCUUUGACUGUGUUAAACGAGGUUCCCUUAGCAGACCGACAGCUGCUUUUCUUGGAGACAUUAGGAGUCACACCCAGCACCCUUGAGCCAAUUCCUAGCCUACUGAAGCUCCCUAUGGCUGUAACCUGUUACUGGGCACAGCACUCUGAACCCAAAGUGAAGUUACCACACAUCAAGGCUUUGCUACUUGGAGUAGUAUUUGGUGAAUUAGACAAGAUGCUACAUAGCCCAGAUCCUGAGGUUCUACAUCUUGAGGUCAAUAAAAUUGUGUAUGACCAGUUCUUGAAAUGGAAAAAAAGGAAAUCUCAAAAGGAAGCAUUGGAAUUAGAUGCUGCACACAUUCUCUGCCAGUGGCAGUGCUGCCUUCAAAUGGGAUUGUAUCUCAACCAGCUGCUUUGUAGUCCUCUCCCUGAGCCAGAUCUUACAUGGCUUUACAGUGGGACCCUUGUGCAUAGACUGUACCAUGAGCUUAAAUCAACAUCCACACCAGAGAACCUGCUCAGUGUAUCUCCAAGGAUGUACCAGCUUUAUUGCAACAUGGUACAUGUAGUGAAAGAUGCAACACCACCAGGCUUCUUCCAGAAAAAAUCCAAAUCCCAGAAGAAAAAGAACAAGCAAGCUACUAAUCAAGUGCUGGAGAAAACACAAAGUACUAUGUUGGAAACUCUGCCUUCAUGCAGUAGUAACAACAGAUUUGCAACACUGAUGGUGGAGAAUUAAAAACACAUUGUAUUAGAAACAGGUUGUGGGUAUUAAUGUAUUUGCAUUUGAACUUGAGUAGUUCUCUCAAAGUCGGACUACAGGAAGUAAUGCAAAGAAGCACCUAAUGCUGUUAUGCUUGAUUUGCUGUUCCUGUUAAGAUUGAUUGUAGCUAAUCAAAUACAAAACA